CUACAGCCUCUUAGGGAAAAGAGUAUUCAUGGCAUUCAGAGAAACUGGUUUAUUCUCCCCUGCUGGUUCCUGAUUUGUGUAAUAAAGAAAAGAGCCCUGUGGAAGGUGAACUUUGAUCAUCACCUGACAAAAGAUAAGGGUCCGGCCCAACUUUCGAUGGUUUGUCCUGAAACUCAGAGUGCUGUGAGGAGCAUUCACUGUGAUAUCCAAAUCUUCCCUGGGACUGGAACCUUACAAGUCUGGUGCUCUGUAAGAUAAUGAAGUAUCCAUUAGCAAAGCCCAGGUAAAGAAGAAUGCUUUCCAUCUCGUGAAAUGCCUAUAGAGAAGCCAGCUUCGCCAUGAACGUGCUGUUGUCGAAGUGGAGCAAGUCCCAGGACGCCCCAGACAGGCAGUCCUCAGCUGGACAAACACAGGAAGAGGACGACGAGGAUGAAUCUGAUCAUGUGACGGGGAACAGAAUACCAAUCCGCAGGAAUUCCAGGUUCUACAGCUCAAUGAGGAGGAAGAGGCGGGCCAGGGGACAAGCGGGAUCAGGAGACCAGCCUCCCGAAAAUGACGCAAAAGUGAAAACAGUCACAGACUCUCCCUCCAGCAACAACACAGGAAGCAGCUGUCCCAUGAAGCCCCGAGUCAUCGUAAAUCCUCCUCCCUCUCCCCAGACUCCAGGGCCAGCCUUGCCCUUCAGGCCUGGAGCCCUGUUGCCCAGCAACGGGGAGCCUGGAACUCAGAGUUCACAGCAAAUUGGGUCCAUUUCCCCUCCAGUGAAGACAGACCUCAAGGGGGGGUGGCAGGACAAGAGAGCUUUUCUUCUGAACAGCCAACAGAGGUCCUUGUCUUCAGGGAUACCACAGCCCAGGUCAGGACACCAAAGUCCACACACGCAAGUGGAGACUCUCACAGAGCAAGUGGCAGCCUGCUCUGUCCAUGGGCAGAAAAGCAUGGACAAUGAAGGAAGAGACACGGAAGAAGCAAAUGACUUAGACUCAAUCUCACUGAGGCUGGUGAAUAACAGAGACGGAGAUGCUGCCAUCUGUUCAAGUAUCAGAAUCAUUAAAAACAUGGAAUGGUGCCUGUACCAGGAGUACCGCGACAAGUCCAAACAGCACGAGAUUGAGCAGAGGAGGCGGUGUGAUGCUCUGGCCACCACAGGACCCAGCAGAGGCAUUCCUGAGAAGGCGGCCAUGCAACUCCAGAGGAGGAGCUUCUUCCAGGGAGCCAUGAGCCUGUGGCAGAACUUGGAGGAAGUGCAGAAAAGCGGCAUCCUGGACAUCCUCAAACCCGAGCAGAUCAUCCUGCAGGAGUCAAUGUUUGAGCUGGUCACCUCAGAGGAGUCCUACAACAAGAGUUUAAAGCUGCUGGAAUCUCAUUUCCUGAAAAACGCAGUCCUGUUGAAUACGUUGAGCCAGUCAGAUGUCCACUUCAUCUUCUCCAACAUUGAGGAAGUGAUGAAAGCCAGUGAGAGGUUUCUAUCUGACCUUGAGAAGAGAUUGGAGAAAGGAGUCAUGAUCUCAGAUGUGUGUGAUAUCGUGUAUGACCACGCGGCCAACCAGUUCCAUGUGUUCGUCACCUACGUGUCAAACCAGAGCUACCAGGAGCAGGCCUACAGGAGAAUAUUACAGGAAAAUGCUGCUUUCCGGACUGUCAUGGCCAACCUGGAGAAUGAUUCCAAGUGCAAGGGGCUGUCCUUCAAUUCCUUCCUCAUCCUACCUUUCCAGAGAAUCACGAGGCUCAAGCUGCUGGUGCAGAACAUCUUGAAGAAGGCUGAAGAGGGGUCAGAGAUAGAGGCCAAUGCAGUUAAAGCCCACUACCAGCUGGCAAAGAUCGUCAGAGACUGCAAUGAAGGGGUAAGGAAAAUGAACCGCACUGAGGAGCUCAUCUGCAUUGAGAAGACACUGGAUUUCAAAUCCAAGUCAGUGCCAGUGAUCUCCCACUCUCGCUGGCUCCUGAAGAGGGGAGCGCUCACUCACAUGUCCAACCCCAAGAACACCAGGACCUUCCGCAACAAGAAGCUCUUUCAGCCCCUCUACCUCUUCCUGUUCAAUGACCUGCUGCUGAUCACCAAGAAGAGCUCCAACGGGGAGAAGUUCCAGGUGCUGGACUCGAGCACCCGGGCCAUGCUGCGCACUGAGGACAAGGAGGACCAGGGACAGGCUCUGGCCAACAUCUUCUCCCUGCGCCUGAUGGAGAAUCAGAAUGAGAGCGACGUCACCUACAUGUUCAAGGCCUCCAGCCCGAGUGACAAGCGACGCUGGAUUUGUGCCCUGACGCCCAAAUUCCAAACCCGAUUACUUAACUCAAACUCCAAACAUGGAGACUCCCCCCAGGUGCAGUGCAUUCAGUCCUACGCAUCGCAAGAGCCUGACGAGAUGUCAGUGGAGAUGGCCGACAUUAUCAACGUCCUAGAGAAAACGGAGGACGGCUGGAUGAUGGGCGAACGCCUCCAUGAUGGAGAGAAAGGGUGGUUCCCCAGCAGAGUGGUGGAGGAGAUCCAGAACCAGGAGCUCCGGGCCCAGUACCUGCGGGAGUGCCAGCGGAUCCAGCAGGCCGAGGGCAAUGGUGUUAGGCUGAUGGCAUCCAGGGGCAGGCGCUUGAGAAACAUCCAGCCGUGACCUCUGUACACCUGGACUGGCAAACAUAGCUCCUGCUGUAGACUGAGGAACACAUUAUGGUCUUCCAGCUGUUGUGGCCAGAUCUAGGUUUCUGUGGAUUUUAGCCUGUUCUCCGUGGAUGAACUCUGGGAAGGUUUAAACGUGAACUAAAAACUUUAUAAUAAGCUUAUAGCCAUAACAUGACACUUAACAUGGCUUUAUGUAAGACAGGGAAUACCUAGGUAAUUCUGUCCUCUGCAGUCCUUCAAAGUUGAUUUUACUGUUCAAAUGGCAUGGUCAUCAUUCGGAAACACAAACCAUGUGCAUGAUAAGAUGAAAUACGCCAAAGCAAACUGCCCCAGAACUUAUCACCGAUUCCAACGCCAUUCAGACCUGCAGGGAGAAACUUCAGCUGCUGCACUGCAGGAUCCUGAGACGCAUCAGGUCUGGACCUGGCCGAGAUUGAGGAAGACUGGCCCUAUUAGAGUGGAGCAGGGCUACUGGAGAAUCCUCAAGGAGGUGUCUUUUGUUUUGGGCUAAAAAUGGAACUCCCCAUGAAAACCCUCUUUAAUCUGGAGUUAUAUAAUAAUUUGGAGGGAAG